UGGAGUAUACAAUAAUGAUGUAUUUGAUGAAUCAAAUACAUGGUCUAAUAAUGAACCAUUUCAUUUUAACAUAACAUUGAAAUUAGUUGAUAAUAUUAGUUGAAUAUUUUUUUUCUUUUUUUUUAUUUUUAUUUUUGUCAAAGGUUUCAUUCAUGCAUAAUCUAUAUCGAGUAGACCUUGUCGUUGUGAGAAUUCUUAAUUCAUGAGUUGUAGGGAGGGACUUAUGUCACCACAAACAGAGACUAAAGCAAGUGUUGGAUUUAAAGCUGGUGUUAAAGAUUACAAAUUGAAUUAUUAUACUCCUGACUACGAAGUCAAAGAUACUGAUAUCUUGGCAGCAUUCCGAGUAACUCCUCAACCUGGAGUUCCGCCCGAAGAAGCAGGGGCUGCGGUAGCUGCCGAAUCUUCUACUGGUACAUGGACAACUGUGUGGACUGAUGGACUUACCAGUCUUGAUCGUUACAAAGGGCGAUGCUACCACAUCGAGGCCGUUGUUGGGGAGGAAAAUCAAUAUAUUGCUUAUGUAGCUUAUCCUUUAGACCUUUUUGAAGAAGGUUCUGUUACUAACAUGUUUACUUCCAUUGUGGGUAAUGUAUUUGGUUUCAAAGCCUUACGAGCUCUACGUCUGGAGGAUCUGCGAAUUCCCACUUCUUAUUCCAAAACUUUCCAAGGCCCGCCUCACGGCAUUCAGGUUGAAAGAGAUAAGUUGAACAAGUAUGGUCGUCCCCUAUUGGGAUGCACUAUUAAACCAAAAUUGGGAUUAUCUGCAAAAAACUACGGUAGAGCGGUUUAUGAAUGUCUACGUGGUGGACUUGAUUUUACCAAAGAUGAUGAAAACGUAAACUCACAACCAUUUAUGCGUUGGAGAGAUCGUUUCUUAUUUUGCACCGAAGCACUUUUUAAAGCGCAGGCCGAAACAGGUGAAAUCAAAGGACAUUACUUGAAUGCUACUGCGGGUACAUGUGAAGAAAUGAUGAAAAGGGCCAUAUGUGCCAGAGAAUUAGGAGUUCCUAUCGUAAUGCAUGACUACUUAACUGGUGGAUUCACUGCAAAUACUAGCUUGGCUCAUUAUUGCCGUGACAACGGCCUACUUCUUCACAUCCAUCGCGCAAUGCAUGCAGUUAUUGAUAGACAGAAAAAUCAUGGUAUGCAUUUCCGUGUACUAGCUAAAGCAUUACGUAUGUCUGGUGGAGAUCAUAUUCACGCCGGUACAGUAGUAGGUAAACUGGAAGGGGAACGUGAGAUGACUUUAGGUUUCGUUGAUUUAUUACGUGAUGAUUAUAUCGAAAAAGACCGAAGUCGCGGUAUUUUCUUCACUCAAGAUUGGGUCUCUAUGCCAGGUGUUCUGCCCGUGGCUUCAGGGGGUAUUCAUGUUUGGCAUAUGCCUGCUCUGACCGAAAUCUUUGGGGAUGAUUCCGUACUACAGUUUGGCGGAGGAACUUUAGGACACCCUUGGGGAAAUGCACCUGGUGCAGUAGCUAAUAGGGUGGCUUUAGAGGCGUGUGUACAAGCUCGUAAUGAGGGACGUGAUCUUGCUCGUGAAGGUAAUGAAAUUAUCCGUGAAGCUAGCAAAUGGAGCCCUGAACUAGCCGCUGCUUGUGAAGUAUGGAAAGAGAUCAAAUUCGAAUUCGAACCAGUAGAUAAGCUAGAUAAAGAGAAAAAGUAAGUGUGCAUAAUUCAGUAAUUCCUGUUUGUUCUCCUAAUUGAUUGCAAUUAAAGUCGGCCCAAUCUUUUCCUAAAAAAAAGAUUGGGCCGAUUGCCGAAUAAAAAAAAAAAGAAUGAGCAUUCUAUACUAUGUAUUUGCAUAUAUCUUUUAUAUGUACAGAUGUACAGAUCUUACCUAUAUAUAUACAAGAUAAGAUCGAAGACUAAACAACUCAAUACUUCUAUUGUUUGUUGUUGGAUCCAUAGGAUUGGAUUAAUUAUGGAUCCUUGGGAUUGGUGGACUUUUUUAUAUCUCCUAGUUUCAGGCCAUAGAUCAAGCCAAGGGAAAGGCUCCUUUACCCAUCCUAUAUAUUGUCUUUUUCGUUCCAUGUUAAAAUAGAAACUUAAUUAUUUGAUUAUACGAGAACAAAUUCUUUAUUCUUUAUUUAUAGAAAUAAACAACUAUCUCUAUUUUCGAUGAGAAUUUGUACAUCACAUGGAAGAAAGCUGUGUCUUUCUAUUUUAAAAUUUAUAAAAAGAUUCUAUCAAUAUAUAUUGAAGUGAUACCUCGGCUUCCCACAAAGGAGAAUCAUUUCUUUCAAUACUUACUCGUUCUUUCAAUACUUACUCGUUAUUAAUUAACAAUCCUAAUGAUUAGGAUUAGAUUCGUAUGCUUAAUUCUGAUAAGAAAUCAAAUAGUGAAAGUAAAAUGAUUAUCCAUCGAAUGUAUUGUAUUUCAUCAAAUAGGGGGUAGAAAGACUCUAUGGGAAAAUGGUGGUUCCGUUCGAUGUUGUCUAACGAGAAGUUAGAACAUAGGUGUGGGCUAAGUAAAUCUAGGUGUGGGCUAAGUAAAUCAAUGGAUAGUCUUGAUGGUAUUGGACAUACCAGUAGAAGUGAACAACCUAUUCUAAACGAUACGAAGAACGAUACGAAGAAAAAGAUUCCUAGUUGGAAUCAUAGUGGUAAUUAUAGUUUCACUAAUGUUGAUUCUUUAUUUGAAAUCAAGGAUAUUUGGAGUUUGAUCUCUGAUGACACUUUUUUAGUUAGGGAUAGUAAUGGUGACAGUUACUCUGUAUAUUUUGAUAUUGAAAAUCAGAUUUUUGAGGUUGACAAUGAUAGUUCUUUUCUGAGUGAACUAGAAAAAAAACUUUCUAGUUAUUUGAGUAGGGGGUCUAAGAAAAAGAAUCACUACUAUUAUCAUUACAUGUAUGAUACUCAAUCUGGUUGGAAUAAUCACAUUAAUAGUUGCAUUGAUAGUUAUCUUCGUUUUGAAGUCAGUAUUAAUAGUUCUAUUUCGGGUAGUACCAACAAUUACAGUGACAGUUACUUUUAUAACUUCAUUUGUACUGAAAAUAGAAAUAGUAGUGAGAGCGGUAGGUCUAGUAAAAGAACUAGAAAAAAUUUCAAUGAUUUCCAUGAAGAGGUGGAAUCCGAUUUCCAUGAAGAAGUAGAAUUCCACGAAGAAGUAGAAUCCGACUUCCAUGAAGAAGUAGAAUCCGAUUUCCAUGAAGAAGUAGAAUUCCACGAAGAAGUAGAAUCCAAUGAUUUCAAUGAAGAAGUAGAAUCUGAUUUCAAUGAAGAAGUGGAAUCCGAUUUCAAUGAAGAAGUGGAAUCCGAUUUCAAUGAAGAAGUGGAAUCCGAUUUCAAUGAAGAAGUGGAAUCCGAUUUCAAUGAAGAAGUAGAAUUCCAUGAAGAAGUAGAAUUCCAUGAAGAAGUAGAAUCCGACUUCCAUGAAGAAGUAGAAUCCAAUGAUUUCAAUAUAAAUCAAAAAUACAAACAUUUAUGGGUUCAAUGCGAAAAUUGUUAUGGAUUAAAUUAUAAAAAAUUUUUUAAGUCAAAAAUGAAUAUUUGUGAACAGUGUGGAUAUCAUUUGAAAAUGAGUAGUUCAGAUAGAAUUGAACUUUCGAUUGAUCCCGGAACUUGGGAUCCUCUGGAUAAAGAUAUGAUAUCUAUAGACCCCAUUGAUUUUCGUUCAAAAGAGGAACCUUAUGGAGAUCGUAUCGAUUCUUAUCAAAGAAGGACAGGUUUAGCUGAUGCUAUUCAAACAGGCAUAGGUCAAAUAAAUGGUAUUCCCGUAGCAAUUGGCGUUAUGGAUUUUCAGUUUAUGGGAGGUAGUAUGGGAUCCGUAGUAGGCGAGAAAAUUACUCGUUUGAUCGAGUAUGCUACUAAUCGAUCUCUACCUGUCAUUAUUGUGUGUGCUUCUGGAGGAGCACGCAUGCAAGAAGGAAGUUUGAGCUUGAUGCAAAUGGCUAAAA